AUGGUUCAAGAGAUGAUUCAAAUCGGCCUUUCGCUGGGCAGUCCACGGCCAGCCACCCCACCCACCCCACCCAGUACCCCGACGAUGAGCGAUAAGGAUGCUAGUGAGAUUCUCGCCGCUAUGAAAAUGCAACCCAUGUCUCCAGACCCUCAUUGUCGUCAGUCUGAAUUGUUGCCUUUCGCCCAACAGUUCUUAGAAUUUCUCAAGUCUCUCAAUUCCACGCAGAGCGCCCCUGCAGUACCCGCUGCCGCAGACGAGGUUAAAGCCGAAGACUCUCCAGAAACGUUUCAGACAUACAAGACAGUCAAUGAGGUUUGGGAUGAAAAGGCGUACAAGUACGUCAUUGAGGAGCAACACGAGCCGGAAGAAAAAGUUGAUGGACUGGAUCGAUACGUUUUCAUAGAGCGCAGGCGUAUUAUCAAGAAAACCGAAAUACCAGUGGUCUAUAUUGACAUUAAGUCGAAAUUGCUCCGAGAUACCUUGAGGGUUAUACUUGCACAGGCUCCUGAGAUUAGUCUCAACGAGGAAAGCCUCUCCGUCGAGCGAAAUAUCCUAUUCCAUUAUCUCCCAGAUCUCGAGGCGUCCCGUAAAUGGAAUCACGUUGAUCCCCAGGACAGCAUCAUCCGGGAGCAUAUUGCCCUCCUUAUCGAUCAUAUCCAUUUAUCCUACAAGGAGACGAAAGUACGACUUGCCUCAUUGCUAAAAACAGGAGAGAUAACCUACGAUUUACUCCCGUUUCUUUUCAAACCAAACGGAUUGGUGUAUACCACUUGUCGCGGGACCAAGAAACCAAGAUGCAUCAGAUUCAAGUCUGGCGAAGCGAAAACAAGCACAACUGGAGUUGACUAUUUCCACAUCAAAGGAAAAUACUUGGAAUUUGACGGGAAGGUGCUUGGGAAAGCUCCAAUCGAGACUGCCAUUCUUGGGUUCUGCGGAUCGAGAACUAUCAACUCUCUCGAGGCAUUCCCUCUCCAACACCACGAAGCAGAGGAGAGCAUGAGAGAAACGCUUGUGAAAUGCGGUCGCAAGUUUUGUUUCUCCCUAAUCGGCACGCAACAUCGGCAUUAUAGAGGCAAGGCCUUUCAAAUGAAGAAAAACAAACCCAUUGAGAUAUUUAUUAACAGCAGGAUUAUGGUUGAUGCCCCAAUGUUUCAGGAGAUCAAUCCCAAUUACACCAGGCCAAGCAUCUUCAAGAGUACUAACAGUAUCGAUUUGUGGCUGUUAGGAGAUACAACUUCUAGUAACAAGCUAGAUGAAUCGGCUAUGGAGAGCAGUGUAAACCUUGAUGCGCUGACGGAAGAAGAUCUUCUAACUUGUAGCCCGACUGUGCUGGGCUUCAGUUUGAACGACAAAUUAUGGUUGGAAUUUGCGAUUGCAGAUAUUUCGGGAAUUUCGUGGAACGAGUCGCUCUUCAACCAACUGGCUAUACCAGACAAGUCAAAGAAGCUUAUCGAAGCUCUAACCACGGCCCAGUCCAGUGGAAAAACUAAAUAUACGUUUGAUGAUUUUGUGGAGGGAAAAGGCCGUGGCUUGAUUAUGCUUCUCUAUGGACCGCCAGGUGUUGGGAAGACAAUGACUGCAGAAGGACUGUCGGAACACCUCGAAAGGCCUCUGUACACAGUCUCUGCGGGAAACUUAAGCAAGGAUGCGAAACUUCUCGAGGCGCAAUUGUGUGAGAUGUUUGAAGUUGCCGAAAAGUGGAAGGCUUUACUUCUCCUCGAUGAAGCUGAUGACUUUCUGUGCAGGCGCUCCCACGACUCUAAUCACAACUCUCUUGUCUCAGUCUUUUUACGGAAGCUCGAGUAUUAUAAGGGCAUCAUGUUACUUACCACGAACCGGGUCAGAGACUUUGAUGAAGCAGUACAGAGCAGAAUACACGUUGGUAUUAAGUACAGCCCCUUAGGCGUUGAUACGAGAAAAGCGAUCUGGGGGAGCUUUCUUGAAAAGGCAAAAACAGAGACGGGGGAUGCAGUGUACAGUGACAAGCAGUUGAACGUCCUGGCCAAGCACAGCCUCAACGGUAGACAGAUUAAGAACGCAGUGCGUUCAGCACAUGCCAUAGCAAGCAGCGAUGGAACACACCUAUGCUAUUUGCACCUAGAGACCGUCCUCGAGGUUGGCAAGGAGUUUGAGAAUGAUUUCAGAGGUUCAGGAGAGAUGGCAAACAUGCUUUCCUACGCCUGAUCUGUCAAUUAAUCGAGCUCCAUAGCUUAUCCUAAUGAAUAGUGGACUGUACUGUACCACUUGCUUGGAUCCAUUUUGUUGGUGUUCCCUAGUGCAGCUGAAAUUUCUUUGUACUCCGUGAAUGCGUCGACAAUGACACGCCGUUCAUAUUAUUAGCCAAUCCGAGACGUUCUACUUUGGUCGAUUGCCAAACAGCACUGGGCACAAUUGCUAGGAUCUCUGGCACUCCAGCGGGGCCUCGACAUGAAGAACGAUCGAGUUGCAGUCAAUUGAGCCCACACCCCUUGAAUGAAGAUUCCAGCAGCGUAUUAAGGCAACUCUGAUUUAUGCUGGUGACGAGCACGCACGUACAGGGCGAAAAUAGUUCCGUCAUUAACCUGUACGCCCGUCUCCACCCAACAUUAGAUCCUUCCGGUUUGGGUUUGUCCCCAUAUCAUAAAUCCAAGAAGGACCAGCCUCCAGCGAAGUAAAUGGCCGAGGAAAGGUUGGCAGUUAGCGAUGCAACUCGAUAAGCGAACCAGGUGCCAGCCAACAUCCUUGUCGAUGAAGGAGAUAAUGAGUCGUCUCAAACUCAGUUC